AUUCCUACAUUUUCAAUUCAACCCAACCCUUCCCCUCCCGCGCAUGGUCACGACCACAACAUCCUGCGUUCGAAUUUGAUUUUGCCUCGGCUGCAGGGCCAUGAGCUGUCCAUCACCCUCACCUCGACCAUAAAACCACAUGCAACAAUGGCCGACACCGCCAGCACCUCGAGCCAGUGGACCUUCAUCCUCGCCCUGACGGCGCUCUUCCUCUCCGCCGUCGUCACCCUGCAGAUCCUGUCCUCGUACGCCAAGGCCUAUAUCGCCGCCCCUGCCGAGAUCCUGACCUUUGUCGACGCAGCCGACAGCUCCGUCCACGAGAACGAAAGCUACGACCGCGAUGUGUCGCGCCUGCAGCGGCUCGACGACAAGCUGCGCCUGGGCAGGCUGCUGGGCGAGAUCCAGAGGGGCGGCGAUGACCUGCGCGAGGAGCUGAACAGCCUACUCAUGACCGAGAACGGCAAUCUUGCCAGCGACGGGUACAGCGACCUGCGGGACCUGCGGCUGCGGGCGAGCGCGAGGCUCCUCUGGGCGUCCAAGAGGAAGGGCCUCGAGGACAAGGUCCGCCGCCUGGACAUGCUCCGCAUGCGGUUCCUGGUGGUAUACAUGGGCAUCGUCUCGAGCGGUGCUGCCGACCACCACAACAGCAACAGCAACAGCACCAGCACCGGCAACGGCGCCAAGCACGAACGAAAGUCGUCGGCAAAGGACCCCGAGAAGGUGGGCGACCGCCUCUUCAACCAGGAGUACUCGGCCCGACCGCAGCUGCCCAAGGGCCUGGGGGAGGCUAUCAGGCAGAAGCCUAUGCUGCGGCGGCUCAGCACCACGCCCUUGAGGAAUACCGAGAACAGCGAGAGGAGCCGGAAACAACAAGGCUGGGCUGGGGUCAUCCGCGAGCUGCAGCUCUCGCCGCUGCUCCACAAGCGCCACGCCAGCAUCGAGAGGGCCAUGUCGCCCUCUCCUACACUGGUCGGGUCUCCGACUCCGGGAUCGUCACCGUGA